AUGGCUGCUUUGACUCCUGAAAGACACAACCGAGCGGUGCGUGCGCGUUGCAUUUCAGAUUCAGCUCAGCUAUGCGUCUCAUGCUGCAAACUUGUCUGUCCGUGUUUCCCCCAGUGUGAUGCUGACCGAGAUGAGGAUGCAGUGUUCUGUGACAUCAGCGUGGCCGUGGACAACAAGUUAUUCCCAAACAAAGAGGCUAGGACAGAUUCAAGUGACCUUGACCCUUCGAUGCUGUUUGAUGCUGGAGACAUUGUUGACACAGGAUCAGACUACGAUAACCAGGGUGAUGAUCAGCUAAAUCUAUUUGGAGAGGAAACCGCAGGAGGCUCCAUGGAGGAUUUUGAGGAAGUGUAAAAUCAUUUUCCUGAUGGGUGAG